UCUCACUGCAUUGUUAGCCAACCUGGGAUAAUAGCUUGAUCCGAUGUUACGCUUUAAGUCCAGAGCAGGUUGUGUGUGGGACCUUGAACCCAGGCGGGGAACAGCUGAGAGCGAAGUGAGGGGAACCAAAGAGAGGAGGAACAGUCAGACAACGGGACUCGCCGCAGGAAAGCAGGUCCAGUCUCCCAACUCCCCUUUGGAGAUCUUCAUCAUCUGUGCCCAAGGGGUCUGCAGCUUUUUCCGGACACCACAGGAGAAACACACAGAUACAGGAAAGGAAAUGAGCACCGGAAGAUUACGAAGUGGUGGGAGAGACAAGUGCAGGCUGCACAUGGUGACCUGGAACGUAGCCACAGCCGAGCCUCCUGAAGACGUCACCUCUUUGCUGCAGCUGGAUGUCCAGCCCCCCACGGAUCUCUACGUGAUUGGCCUGCAGGAGGUGAAUUCCACGCCUGUGAGGUUCAUCGCUGACCUUUUGGUGGAGGACUCCUGGAGCCACGUCCUCAUGGACACACUGGCACCCAGAGGAUUCAUCAAGGUCACAUCCGUGAGGAUGCAGGGUUUGCUGCUGCUGGUUUUUGCCAAACAGGUUCACCUCCCUUACAUCAGAGACAUCCAGACCACCUACACUCGCACUGGCAUCUUCGGCUACUGGGGUAAUAAAGGAGGAGUGUCUGUGCGUUUUUCCUUCUACGGCCACAUGGUUUGCUUCCUCAACUGUCACCUGGCAGCUCACAUGAACUACGCUCUGGAGCGCGUUGAUGAGUUUGAGCACAUCCUGGAAACGCAAGACUUUGACAUGGACGACACCCCACACGUGCUGGACCACAAGGUGGUGUUCUGUUUUGGCGACCUGAACUUCCGUAUUGCGGACCAUGGCUUGCACUUCCUCCGCUCGUCCAUCAACAGUGGACGCCUGAAUUUGCUGUGGAGCAAAGACCAGCUCAUCAUGAUGAAGAAGAAGGAAGCGUUCCUGCAGGAGUUUGAGGAAGGGCCAUUGAAUUUUAAACCCACCUACAAGUUUGACCGUAACUCUAACACCUAUGAUACCAGUGGCAAGAAGAGGAAGCCAGCUUGGACGGAUCGGAUCCUCUGGCGCAUCAAACCCAAAACCCCGCCGAUGGAGGACGAUGAUGAGAAGGCGUCGACUUUAACUGAUGAUGGACAAGAUGAGUAUCCAAUCGUGGUCAGCCAGGAUAAAUACACCAGUGAAAUGAGCUACGGAGUCAGUGACCACAAGCCUGUCAUUGCAACCUUCAGCCUGGAGCUGAGGAAAUGCUUUGACACACCAAUGGUGCACAUCUCUCCUGAGGGGGUAUGGAGUGCCGACCAGGAUGCAGCUCUAAACUACACCAUCCAAGAGGACUUCAUGUCCUCCACAUGGGACUGGAUCGGCCUGUACAAGGUGGGAUUCAAGAGUGCGUCCGACUAUGAGACCUUUGUUUGGGUAAGGGAGAAUGACCUGCCGGAGACAAAUGAAGACAUACAGAUAUCUGUGGAUAAGGACGAGAUCCCUCUGCUGGGUGGACAGUAUGUUUUGGGUUACUACAGUACAAACAUGCAAAGCAUCAUCGGCCUCAGCGCUAACUUCCAGAUCCUGGAGUCAAAGCGAGCUGUUAUGGAAGGCCUCGUUCCUGAGAUCAUCAACGGGCUCAACAAAUAGGAACAAAUUCACUGCAGUGCCACAUCGUAUUCUUCUCCCCUGCAAAUCCACACAGAGCUGAGUAAGACUUCCAAACGCCCCAAGAUCAGCUCCAUCAUCUACUGCAUAAGCUCACCCAGUCAUUGAUUAAAGGCCAACUCACUGUGCCAUCACAUGUACUGGAAACUUAAAGUUGUUGUUGUAUACCUUUGCCUUCACGUACAAUUGAGUCUAGCUGGAACAGUUCAUUGCUGUAAUGAAUUAUUUGCCAGUUAGAGCAGAAAAUACAUGAAUAAAAAUGCCAAACGACACAGUUGCUUUUAAAAGCAAAAGGUGCUUCAGUUUGUUUUGUUGAUAGUAGUGCAGAAUCCGCCAUCAUAGGGAACUUUUGAAUAGAAAAUUCAGUGACAAUCGUGUGAUGAUCUGUUUCACUUUAUCUGUACUAUCUUAAUGCAGAAAAAAAGCAUCUGGUAAUUUUAGGUCUUGCUGUCACUUUGCACCAGCUACAAAGCCCAACUUUGUUUUGACUGAUAAUAUUUAUUAUAUUAUAAAUAGAGAAAGAUUUAAAGAUUUAAAUAGUUUAUUUACACAUGGAUCCCUUUAAGAACAUUUAAUGUUAGAUAUAGAUGUUGAAGUGGACUUCUACAUUGAAGUGUUUUCCGUGAUAUAUUGUAUCUCAGAUGUACAUGUAGUAAUAUAGAUCUUAUGUGUAUCAUGACAGACUGUAAGACAGUGAACAUCAAUCAUAACAGGGUUAUAUUUUGAAUGUAUCUGGGUUUAAAAGAUUUCAAUUAUUUAUCUUUCUCUAAAUGUCACUGUAGUUUCUUUCCUAUUCCAAUGCAAAAAAAAUAUUGAUGUCAAAGAAAAAGAAAAGUGUUGAAUUGUGUGUUGUAGCGAAGAUGUUUAUUUGGUUGACUGAGAAUGAAUAAUAUCAACAGAGCACAGUCAGUAUGUGUGUUGUGAUUAUAAGUUUUAUUAUUAUUAUGAACAUUUAUAUACACAUGAUAAAAAAAUGUGGGCACUCUCCUGUGCAACUGUUAUGAUAAAAUUACAAAAUCAUUUUUGCAAAUGCAAGAAAAACUAUCUCAUAAAUACAAGAUUGUGAAGACAAA